AUGGCGGACUUGAAGGACUUGAAAUUGUAAGUUAUUUCGUCGAUUAUAGGUUAUUUACUCCUUUAAGUAAACCGUUAGAUGGAGUACUUUUGAACAUUUUUGUAAUCAAAUGUUUUAGGGAAAUAUCUGUGCCUUUUUGCACGGAAACUGAAGCGCAGAUUGCGUGCAAUUCCCUCUCUGUUGAUCCAGAGCCGAAGCGUGGAGGUGUCAAGAAAGAACUUGUGGUGGAGGGAAGUGUGUUAAAAGCGUGAGUAUUUCCUUGUUUGAUUAAAAUUUGGUGUGAUUCCCUCUUUGCUGUGAAGUCCCGUCUUUGUCCCAUCUGGUGGCUUUGGUUGAUUUGAUAACUCCCCAAGCCCUAAUUUUGACGUUUCCAGCUUGGGGCUGGAUCCUCGUACACCGGUUAACGAAAAUUGCGUGACAUCGGUCAACCGAAAGAUAGCGUGACAGCUGGAUAACUUGAUGUCUUUUGGUUGACCGAUGUCUCGCAAUUUUCGUUAACCGGUAUACGAGAACCCAGCGAUGCUUGGUCCCAAUAGAGACUUAAAAAAAUUUCAAUGAGAUGAUACCGUGCUCUUAUUAAAUUAUGUAUUUUUUUCGAGAAAUUUUUUUUACUUUCUGGUCUAAUGACCUUUACUAGGAAUUUCACCAUUCCUUCACGGGUGUCUUGAAAACAAAGACCCCCAAGACCUCCUAACACCCCAUCCGAAUGACUCUGAACUUUAUUGAUUAGGGUUAGGAAACUGAGUGAAUCAGGUUCCAUUUAGGUCAUUAUACUGGGCAAACUGAACUGAAGGUUAAUUCACUCAGUUUCCUAGCCCUAAUCAAUAAAGUUCAGAGUCAUUCGGACAGGGUGGGUCUUGGGGGUCUUGGGGUCUUUGUUUUGAAGACAACCUGCCUUCACUGUGUUAAUAAGUUACUCUUUUCAUCAAUUGAAAUGUUAUUGUAUUUCAAUAUUUCAUUGUUAAGUCCCCUUUUCACCCCUUGCUUUGUUGCACACAAUAAAGAACUUCAAUUAUUCCUAAUUUUUAACAGGUCCAUGUCAUCUUCUGAAGCCAAAACACUGAGAGUUUGUGCCAACUCGUUUCUCGACCAUUUAUCUCUGGUUGUGGAGACAAUUGAAGCAUUUGGGCCACCACUGGAGGACUCAUGACUGUGCCAUAUCCCAUUACUCCUUAUAGAUUGUGAAAAUCUAAAUUCUUCUUAAUUUAUUGUUGCCAUAUCUUUUCGGAGAGGUUGUUAAAUUUGCAGGAUUAUCUCCUAGGGUGAUAAUGCCCUUAAGUCUCCUCCUCUUGGCUCUAAAUCGUUAUGGCUGGUUCCCAAUAGGAGGGGGACUUCCAUAUGAAAGGGGCAGGGAUGUUCAUUGUCUCGCUUAGGGGUGUUAAAUUUCGGGAUUUGGGUCUCACUUAGGGAGUUUUGGGCAAAACGCCAUUAUAUUUAGCUGUAAAGUUCUCUUUUAGGGUUAAAACAAUGUAUAGGUAAAAGUAUUUGAUGAUGAUGUUUGUGCCAUCAUUAGAAGUCCUGGUAUUUUUUGUCUGUGUUUUAAAAUGGUCUCUUUUAGGGGUCCAAAAAAGGUUGGGCCACACCCAGAUUGGUCUCAGGGGUUUAAUUCAAAACUUCGGCUAACAUCUGCACCCCGCCCCUUUCAUAUGGGAAGCCCAAACCUAACAACUUCUGCCCAUUCCUUUUUCUAUAUGAGAAGUGUACAGGUAUUCUCAGUUUUCGAAUACCCAACAAUGCAUUCUGUUUGUCCCCCCACCCUUCCCUUUUUUUGUAUAAACUAUUGUUGUCGAAUGCUCCAGGGAGGACUCCUUAUUCCUGAAAGCAUUGAAAAACAAUCUGUUAUACAGAAUUUAAGGCAAGCAGACCUAGAGUGUAUUAUGGGGGAUUUGCAUGGGGCAAAAAUGAGAAUUUAGAUUUAAACAUUAAGGAUCAAAGGGAUAUCAGAAUCUUGUGGAGGAAACCCUGGAGCAGCAACACGCAUUUUAUACAACAAAAUGACACAUACUACAAGAUCAAGGGAAUAAAGAUAACAUUACAGACACUGAGCAGUUAUUCAUCCUUUGAAUAACAGCUUUUGGAUGGAUCUGUGGAUAGUGCGUGCACCAUGGGAGCUACAUGCCAUUAUGAUUCAUUAAAGAUCCAGUUACACUCUGAGGAGUUGCAUGCCAAAAGACAUUACCAACAUCAUCCAUUUUCCCUGUAAAUUUUAUGGAUCUUUUUUUAAGGAAGCUUUGGUUGCUGGACAUGUUCAAUUUUUUUUUGCCGCCAUCACGAAUGGUUGCUUUAUCAUCAAGACAUUAUAUUAGAUAUGCAAACUAACACAUUGUAUUAAGCAGGG